GCUUCAUCCUCCAUUCAACUGGUGUCCAUAGAUGAAGCCUUGAGAGAAAACAAACCGGCAACAGCAUACCUUAACCAGGCAAAGCUGCAGCACCGACAGCUUCAGGCUUCACACCACUUAGAGAAACAGAUCAGGCAGUGAAAUGGCCCUUCUCCAGAACCUUCUCUGCAUCUUGUGCCUGGUAGGACUAGUUGUCAGCCAGGACAUGCCUUAUGAAGAAUUUAUGGCCCAGAUCCAAGCCUGCCCCAAGGAAUGCCACUGCCCCCCGAACUUCCCUCGUGCCGUCUACUGUGACAAUAAAAGCCUAAAGAGCAUCCCUAAAAUCCCUCCAUACACAUGGUACCUCUAUCUGCAGAACAACCUGAUCGAAACACUCCCAUCAGAUGCGCUGCAGAAUGCAACACAGCUGCGCUGGCUGAACCUAAACCGCAACAAAAUCACAAAUGAAGGAGUGGCAGGGGGCGUCCUGGUCGCAAUGACACACCUAGCACACCUUUAUAUGGACGAUAAUCUCCUAUCUUCUGUGCCAUCCCCCCUACCAGCCAGCCUGGAGCAACUACGUUUCUCUCGCAAUCGCAUCUCUAAGAUCCCCGCUGGUGUCUUUGCUGGUCUGGAUAAGCUUAGUCUCCUGGAUCUCCAGGGUAAUAAGCUGAUGGAUGAUGCUGUGACUGAAGUGAGCCUAAAGGGUCUCGACAACCUGGUACAGAUCAAUCUUGCCAAGAAUCAGCUAAGUAGCAUGCCUCUCGGAUUACCCGCCACCACUACCCAGCUUUUUCUUGAUGGCAAUAACAUUGAUAAGAUCCCAGCUGGGUACUUCAAAGGGUUGCCAAAAGUAGCAUUUCUGAGGCUCAACCACAACAAGCUUGGCAGCAGUGGGGUUCCAAAAGAUGUGUUUAAUGUCUCCAGCAUUUUGGACUUGCAGUUGUCCUACAAUCAGCUGACUGAGGUUCCAAUCAUCGCUUCAGGCCUUGAACACCUUCACCUCGACCACAACAAGAUCACAGAUGUGAGUGCCUCCAACAUCUGUCCAGUCUCUGUCGACGCUGUGGAUGACUCAUUCAACGAAAGCACGCCUCGGCUCCGGUACCUGCGAUUGGAUGGCAACGAGAUUGCUCCACCAAUUCCCAGGGAUGUCAUCACAUGCUUCCGUCUUCUCAGGUCCAUCGUCAUCUGAACGUGAGAUCAUGCUGUAAGCUAACUGUAAAUUCCCACAAUUAAUGAGUUGACUUGGAUGCUGAUUAAACCUGUUAAACUAAACGUACAUAUUUGUGAAAUAUCUGACACCAGUGGACAUCAACGUAUUUUAUUGUUGUGUCUUUGAAACACCCAAGUUUUACUAGUGGAUGGAAUUGUGACAAUCUGCUGACUGCUAGUUGUGCCUUAUACCAGUAUAAAUAUCUGCAUGUAGAGUUUUGAACCAAACUUGCAUGAGUACAUUUGUGAGUACAUUACGAGAGUAAACAAACAGAGGGAUGAUAUUUGCUUGUAGCAUGCAGAGCUUUGAGGACUCAGUGUUAUUUUACCACUUUGAGCAGGAACCAAAGCUUCUAAAUACGUGUGCAAAACAUAACUUUUGUUUUUUUUCUUCUUUUAAUACUUUAUAUUUGUAGGCUUAAAGCCAUAUUAUUGGUCUUGUGUUCUAGUUUUGUGUUUUGCAGUUUUGCAUCUCAACUGUAGGUAACUUAUUUUUGUUUAACACUGGGGGGAAAAUAAGUAGAAUCCUGUGAAUAUUCAUGGCCAACAUUCCUUAAUGUUUUGUAUACAAAAGAAAUGUGAAUUCUUGUUCUUGAAAAAAUGCCAACACACUUUUUAAUUCUGGUCAUUAUUUUUCUGAAUAAACUCAGCAGAUGAUUUAAUUUUAAAACUGUCUUCAAUGUGAAUA